UAAAUUGGUUAAAUAUGAUCAGAUAUUCUUCAGGCUGGUCAACUACUUAAUGAACAAAGGAAAGUGUGGCUUAAAUGUAACAAAUUUGGCUGUAUUGUGAGCUUCUCUUUAGAAAAAAAAAUGUAUAUCAACACCUCAAUUUUCCUAGCAAAUACCUGUUUCAAAUAUCGUACUUGGUAUGAAGCGCCGACGGGGGGCUGGCGGAACACCCGACUCCUUUGAAAAAAAAAAUGCCUACGCACUUCUAUCAGCGCGAGCUAUGUGGUUCGGAAUUCUCCACCGCUUGCGUACGCCACUGCGCAACGCUCCCAGAGUGCAAUGCGCUUUUCACAUAGCCAUCUUGUCGAGUGGGAGAGGAGGGGAGGCAGUUUGUGAAUUUCAGUUCCCCGGAGCCCGGAGGGAGAGAACAGGCAUAGUCCGGCGAGGCUAGGCUUGAUUUCAGACUUUACGAGUGUCGGAGGGCUUUAUCGAUUUCGACCGAGCUCUCGGAGGCGAAGAUGGGCGUGUUUACAUGAUGUCGUGUGUGCUGGUUCCCAGGUUGAAAAAGUGCUUUAAAAAGAGAGCGGCGGACAGCGGGUCCGCCUCAGACUGACGUAGCCUCGGCAGCUGCUGAGCCGUAUCUGCGACAGCGGCCUGUUGGCAACUCCAGUGCCGGGACAAUACCUUACAAAGCAGGCCAGCUCUGAACGACCGUGGCUACAAAGAGACGUGGAGCGACGGAUUGAUAGCUUGCUAGCUACACUGGAAUCGCGUCUCGCCAAGAGCUGAGAAGACUGGGACUGUGUGUUUUUUGCAAAGGCAUAAAAUGCAACAGGAGAGGAGAAGUAAGAUGACGUAUAAUCGUCUCGCUAACAGUUGUUGUAAACUGUGAUAUUUUGUUACCAUAUAUUGUAUUUCACCGUUCGGGUGAUAUUUAGAUACGACUUUGUCCAUUUUUCUUGUUCUGCGUAGAAAGAGCGGCGUUAUCAGCGUAGAUAUUCAAAAUGUCUAAAAUGCCGGCGAAAAAGAAGAGUUGUUUUCAGAUCACCAGUGUGACACAGGCUCAGGUAGCGGCCAGCAGCAUCACUGACGACACAGAGAGUUUGGACGACCCAGACGAAUCGAGGACUGAGGACGUGUCGUCGGAAAUAUUCGACGUGUCUAGAGCGGAUUUAGAACCGGAGGUGUGCGACAGGAGCUCGUCUGACGAAACCCUGAACAACGUCGGAGGGGAGUCGGAUGCCCACGGCGUCAUUGCAUUGCAUAUACCUCAAGACGGGCAGCUACCGGCAGUAUCAGGUCCUCCGAACGGGGGGUUCGCGUUCAGGAGCGCAGCGGGGUCAGGCGUCGCUCAUGUCAGUCCGCACGUUUUGGCAGCGAGCGCGCCGGCGGCCCCGCCCCCUGCCACGGUCCUGCAACAGCCGGCCCCGCUCAGCGCUGGCGGGACCGCUAAUAAUGUGACGAUAGGUACGUCACAGGCGCCCACCGCCGCCCCGACUGUGACGGCCAGCUCGACGACGACGACGACUACUACCGCAAGCUGCAGUUCUCGCUUCAGGGUCAUCAAACUUGAUCACGGUACGGGAGAGCCCUUCCGGAGGGGCCGGUGGACGUGCACGGAGUUCUACGACCGGGACCCGGAGGGCGGUUCCGUUAUGUCUAGGACUGUGGACGUGAAGCCGAGCGCCUUGGAUCAGAACGCCGACAGGGACAGCGGACUGGGGGCCACAGGAAGCUCGGUGGUGGCCCCCUCCGCGCUCGUGGCCCAGGGGCCGGACUCCGCGGCGGACGCUUCCUGUUUGGCCCCGGCCCACCUGCCCCCGGUCGACCCCCAGCCGCCGGGCUACGGCAUCGGGCACCAGCCCGCCAGCGCGGCCUUCCAGCCCCCUGGCUACGGCGGCGGCGGCGGCGGCAAACCGGCGGCAGUUCCAGUUCCGGCGCAGCAGCCGCAGGUCCAGGUUAGCGUCCCGCAGCUGCCGAUCCCCGCCGCCGCCCCCCAGACCCUCCUCCCGCCGGGACACAACGGGGCGCCCCUGCAGAAAUCUCCCAGCAUGCCCCCCGCCACGCAGAGCCAGCCGUUUGCCUACCCUGCCCCGCACCACCUGCCCUCCGUCAGCCCCGUCGGCCAAUCGGAAUACCGGCCGCCGCCUCCGCAGCAGCCCCAGCAGCCCCAGCUCCUGUCCAUCGCCACCGCCGGCCCGAUGGGGCCCCCCGUCAGCCAGGGCCCCUCGCCCGUCAUGACCCCCGCCGCCGCCGCCGCCGGGGCCCAGGCGCUGGGGCUCCUGAUGCAGGCCGGGGAACCGGUCGCCGUGUCGUUGCCAGGCAACCAGCCGCCGGCCCCGGCGCAGCCCGGGCUCCUGCAGCAGUCCGUGGCGGUGGCGGUGGCGGUAGCCGGGGGCCCGGUGUCCGCCCCUCUCCCGCAGCCGCUGCCCUCGGGGUUGGCCGGGAUCGUCCCCGUCUCGGUCGCCGUCGCGGCGCCCCCUGGUGUCCAGAACGUGCCUACCGCUGUGCCGGGCUCCUCCCCCGCCGCCGCCGCCGCCGUCGCUCCUUUGACUUUGCCGAACCAGGCGGCCGCCGCCGUGGCGGGGCAGCUGCUCCUGGGCGCCCGCGGCGGCGGCGGCGCCGUUUCGGGGCUGGCGUUCGGGCAGGCGCCCCCCGUCGCCCCCGCGGAGGAGACCCGAAGGAAGUCCGACGCCCUACCUCAGCCGUCCGGCGUCUCUGGCAAAGACGCGGCCAGAGCCCUGAUCCCGGAAAGCCUGCAGCUGACCGCGCCCUCCGUAAACAGCCUGUUCGGAAUACCCAUCGCGCUGGACGGGGACGAGGACAGGAAUCCUUCCACAGCGUUCUACCUGGCCUUCCCUCCCGACAGGGCGCAGAACUCAAAGAGCCACAGCGAUAGUGCAUCUGGAGCGAGUGUUGUAGCCAUCGAUAACAAAAUUGAACAGGCAAUGGAUCUGGUGAAGAGCCACCUGAUGUAUGCGGUGCGGGAGGAGGUGGAGGUGCUGAAGGAGCAGAUCAAAGAGCUGUACGAGAGGAACUCUGUGCUGGAGCGGGAGAACGCCGUUCUCAAAUCCCUGGCCAAUAGUGAACAGCUGUCCCAGCUCUCCACCCAGCUGGCCAAUCCCGGCAGCACGUCCCCCCAGCAGCAGCAGCAGCCGCAGCAGCCGCCGGCCGCUGGCUCCGCCCCCCGCCCCAGGAGGGCGGCCAGCCCCUCCCCCUGUCCCUCCCCCACCAGCCCAAUGUCUCGUCGGCGUGAGCAACGCUCUCUGCUCUGUAAGAGAUGGACAAGAUAAAAAUACCACACACACACGCGCACGCGCGCAAAAAAAAUAAAUAAAAAAAGCUUAAAGACCUGCUUAUGAUACCAGUUUUAAAAGAUAAUAAAUAAUAAGUAAUGGUAAAUUACCGAAAAAAGAAAAAACUAAAUCAAAUCAAGUCAAUGUUGUUCGCCGUGGCCUGCAAGAAACAUGGAGGGCCAUGCUCUAGUGUGUGUGUGUGUGUGCGGUUUGGGGCCUUCCCAGUGUUAGACAAUCAUCGGAGAGCUUUUUCUUUUGGCAUGGUAUCUAAUGGGGUGGGGGGGGGGCGGGGCUUGGCAGAGCCAGUCACCUUGAGGGGCGGGGCCAGCUGCAUCCGGUGGUGCCGACAGACCGGAGUUCCUGCUCAUGGAUGGGAGGCCCAGCCAGCCAAUCGCAAUCCGAUCUCACCCCCCCUCGACGAUACGUCUGGCGGCAGACGGGGGCGGAAGGUGUGGAGAGAAAUUGGAACCUCCGUAAAAAGGAGGGGUAGUGCGAACUAUUGAAUGGAUGAGGGUGUGGUGCAGGGGAUUGUGGGUAAGGUGGGUGGAGGGAAUGGAAUUGACACGUCUUCAAAGAACCAUACCAUCCUUUCGACAUGAAUCAAAUCCACACACACGUCAUGUUAAAAAAAAAGUUUUACUGUUUUCAUUUUAUUUAUUACAGGGCUGCUAUUUUCCAUAAUGUAAAUGAACAAUGCCACAGAAUAUACGCUCUAUUGAAAUAAAAAAAUAAAUAAAACUUUCUUUGGGUUUUCGGAAAGUUUCAAAUGUACAAUAAUUGGACAUUGGUUGGGCGAUGAUUCGCGUAAACUAGUUAAAUAUGUAUGGCAAUAAUAAAGUAAGUCCUGGCAUAGGUCUAACACUAAUGGCCAUUUAACUUUGGGAUUGUUUAUUUACAGUAGUUAAGAUCCAGUUUGAAUGUACAUUUUGUAUAGAGUGUAAAGUAUUAAGAGCAUAGCAAGUUUGUACAGGUGAACACCAGUUCUUGUGAUAUGAAAUCGAAAAUGAAUCUUUGGUGGGAUAUUUUGAUGAAGAAAUACUAUUCCUUUCUGUUUCUAGUUUCUUUAUCUUAGAGUGAAAAAGUAAUUGCCAUACUCCCCUCUAUCAUUUUAAAAUAUAAAACAAAUAUUUGUGCAUAUUUUUCAGGGGUGGGGAAAGAAAAAAAAAAAAGCUGUGAAUUUGUUCAACCUACUUUGUAACCAAAGAAGCAAAGCUGUGUAAUUCAAUUUUUUAUUUUGUAAUGCACACUAUAUAUAUAUUUUUAGUUUUCUUUUUCUUACUUUCUCCUUCACCACAAAGAAUCCUUUUUUUUGUUGUUGUUGUUGUCGUUUUGUUUGUUUCUCUUUCGCAUGUUCUGCAUGAUCGAUAAUCUUCGAACCACUUUCUUACCUCAUGGUUUUUUUUGUCCAGCACUCUUCUUGUAAAUCAAGUAUAGUCUGUGAACAAUGUCGGUAGAAAUUACGGAUCCGAGCGCUGGAGUCGGGGGGGCAGGGGGGGGCGGGCGGGCGGGUUUGGGGGGGGGGGGACCCUAGUGUUACGCACACUGGGCAAUGAAGUGAGCCAUCUUUUGUUCAUUGUAAAUGGUGUUUUGAAUUUCAUAUGCAGAAAAAAAAAGUUUUGUUACAUUGCAAAAAAAUUUUAAUGUAUUUAAUAAAUGCGACGUUCAGAUUCAAAGUGUAGUGUACACUGAGUAUUUAAAUGAAAGAAAAAAGAGGAAAAAAACGACAAACCGAAAACACAAUUGUACAUUUCAUUAAAAAAAAAAAAAAUUAAAAAAAAUACAAUUUUGAAACCCGGUGAUUUUCUGUACGGGGGAAAAAGUAUGGUAUGUUCUCUCUGUUCGGUGUCCAGUCGCAUGGCUAUUGGUUUCGGUCUCCGCGACGAUGGUCUCGUUGUACAAUCACGAAUCCGUUCGACAAGCCCGCGAGAGGGCAAAUGUGACUUUUUUUUUUUUUUUUUUUUUUUUUUUGCGACUGGUCAUGGGGGUUUCUGUUUUCAACUCUGAAGGAAGUGUAGUGUACGAGCAAAGUGUACACUGUACUGUACAUGGUGGUCUGGAUCACUGAGCCGAUGGUGGGGAACUGAGCAUACCCAUUGUAAUGUGCUGUUCUGCCAAUUUUAAUUCUCCAUCAAAAAAUAAAUGACUGUUUUAUUAAGAGGUUUAUCAUCAAAGCUUUUGGAGUGAAGUGUGAACUGGGAAUACUUUUUUUAAAAUAAACGAUUGAGAAACUGAAAAA